AACGAACUUGACUUAAAUGGUGAUCUAAUGUAAUCGUUUUUAACAGAAAAAUAAUAGUAACAACACAAGCAAGAAAUGUAAAUAUGACUUCUAAACGGAAUACAAGAAAUUCUAAAUUAACAAAAACGAAAAACUACAACACAUUAAUACUAAAUGAUGUCCUUUGUCCGAUAUGUAGAAGUAUUUUAGUGGAACCAGUAACUCUUCCUUGUAAUCAUGUUUUCUGUUUAUUUUGUUUUGAGAAUACCAUGGAAAAUGCUAACUUAGUAUGCCCUUUGUGUAGAUUGAGGAUAGGAUCUUGGCUGAGGAAAGUUAAAAAGGAGAAUACGCUUAUAAAUGAGGAUUUAUGGAAAGCUAUAAAAGACAAAUUUCCGCAACAUGUUAAAAACAAGUCAAAUGGAGUUGAUGAAAACCUGGAAGAAGAACAUCGUGACGUAAUAGUUGCUUACCCUGGAGAAAUAAGGAAAGAAUAUGAAAUACAAAAACAGAAAGAAGAUGAUGAAUUAAGGAAGCAACGGGAAGCUGAUCUAAAAGCUAGUGAAGAAUUAAUAAGGAAACUCAAGGAAGAAGAAGAUUAUCAGAAGGCUGUAAUGGAAGAAAAAUUAAAAUUUGAUGAAGAAAUCGCUAAAAAAUUAGCUGAAAAUUUAGCAUCUCAACAAGCUUCUACCUCAAAAUCUAAAGUUGCCUCUAAAAAAUUGGGUCCUAUGGACAGUUUUGUAAAGAAAGACACUGAACCAAAUCAAAAUAAUUCUAAUAAUUUCUUUAACAAAGAAUACACUUGUAGAAUUUUGUGUUUAGGAAAUCAAAACGAAUCAACUUCUAAAAAUGCUAAAAAUUUUUCACCGAAAAUCCAAAAGAAAAUUCAGCAAAUUCAAAAGCUGGUCGACUUAGAUAUGCUUAGUGAUGCUAGUGACUGCAUAGAAUCUGAAUUGAGAUAUUUUAAACCAAUAGAAUAUAAGCUCAACCCUCCAUCUCAUAAAAAACCACCCCUUAAAAUCACACCUAAGAAACUUAAUAUGGAUACAGAAGCUAAAGUACUCUCGCCAAGUGGUGCCAUCAAUUUUAAUUCAAAUAGUUUGGAAUCUGCUUUCGCUAGAUUUUCAGUACAGUUGCCAAAUAACCCUAGUUCAACUGAAACUUCAUCGACGCCAUUACAAAAUAAAUCACCGAUACUAAAACGCACAAUAUCUCACGAUGAUGUGGAUGCCAGCACUUCUGGAAAGAAACCCAAAUUGGAAGAAUCAGUCUCGAAAGUUAAAAACUCAACACACACAAAAACUGGUACUCCCAAAGUACAACUAAAUUUGUUUCCUUCUGCGCGAAAGAAGCUAUUUAAUAUUCAAGAUUCGCCUAACAAUGUCGAAAGUCCCCCGUUUUGUGGUUUUGAAAAAGAAAAAAACAAAAAAUCUAAUCUACAGAAAAGGAAUUUGUUUCCACAGAAACGAAAUGGUAUGUUAAUAGACGAACAAUCACUGGCUGAAAGGUUAAAAAGAGAACAGGAAAAGUCCGAUUUGGAAUAUGCGAAAAGGCUUCAAGAAGCACUUGACGAGGGUCGCUGUAUGAGGAGUUCUCGAAGUAGUGGCAUCUCAAAAAGACAAAGUACAUUGGAUGAAAUGAUCAAAAGUCCAUAUAGAAUAAAAUCAAAUACUUCAUAAUAUAUAUAGUAUUGUUCUACAUGUUUAUUAAAGAAGUGUAUGUUUUUUUAUUACAAAUGUUGAAAUACCUUUAUUUUAAACUAAAAAAAUAUUUUAGGCUGCAAUGUAUUGCUUGAAACUUAUAAUUAAAACUGUUUCAUAA